GCCGAUUCGCAUCUCCUCCCACUUCAUUCUUUUGCUUUCUUUUCCGCUCCAUCCCUCUUCGAUCUCUCCCAAGUCCCGAAGAAGAAGCAGAGACGAGUUCGGGAACUGCAUAAAGGUCGAAGGAGAGAGAGAGGGAGACGACAGAGUUGGGUGCGACAGCGGUCAGUGGGCGGUAUAACUCCUGUCUCUCCGCAUUCGUAAUUAUUGCCGAAAACAACCUCAAAGCUGCGACGGCAGCAGUCAGUGGACGACAGUGGCAGCAGUAACCCCUCCCACGUUCCUAUUUAUUGCCUACUACAGCCUCGAGGCCCGGUAUCGGCAGCAGCUGCACUCGCGCGGGUGGAGAUCGAAGGUGGGAAAACAAAGGUAGGCCGAGGAAGGAGGAGGGGAGAAAGAGGUCAUCAUGGUGGAGGAGGAGAACGGAGGAGUAGACCCGCGGUUGCAGGCCAUCAAGGCUGCCAUCCGUGUGGUUCCCCACUUCCCCAAGCCAGGGAUCAUGUUCAAUGAUAUCACGACCUUGCUGCUGCGGCCCAAGGUGUUCAAGGAUGCCGUGGAGAUCUUCGUUGAUCGCUACAGGGACAUGAACAUCUCCGCAGUUGCUGGAGUUGAAGCUAGAGGAUUCAUAUUUGGCACACCACUUGCUUUAGCGCUUGGCGCAAAGUUUGUACCAUUGCGUAAACCCAAGAAGUUGCCAGGUGAGGUUAUUUCAGAAUCAUAUGUGUUGGAAUAUGGCACUGACUCUUUGGAAAUGCACCUUGGUUCUGUUAACCGAGGGGAGCGUGUAAUUGUCAUUGAUGAUUUGGUUGCUACUGGGGGGACUCUAUGUGCUGCAAUAAAACUUCUAGAACGUGUUGGAGCUGAUGUGAUUGAAUGCGCAUGUCUGAUUGGGUUACCAAAAUUUAAGGGUGGUUGCUGGCUACAUGGUAAACCGGUGUAUGUAGUUGUUGAUUGCCGACAAUAAAAUGCCAUCCAGAUUUCAAGACAGAGGGCAUGCGGGCCUUGGUUCAAUGGAAGAUGUCAGUCGGGAGACAUUUACAUACAAGCUUGUAAUCCAAGGCUGCAAGGGAGAUAAAAUCAUUACUGGCAAGCAGCCGAGGUUUGAUGAAGCAUGGUAAGACUAGUUGUAGGUCGCUUUCUAGAUUCAGUAGUCGGAUUCUCUGUGAACACUGUAGAGUUCAGUUAAAGAAAUGAGAUUGAAUACGGGCAUGUUCCGUUUCAAUUGCUACCGUCUUUUUCAGUCAAAGAAAUUGGAUUUACAUA